AUGAAGUUUUAUCCUCAACCUGUGAAUAUAUUUUCUACUGCAGAAGAUGAAAAAAACAAGCAGUUUUAUUAUACAAUAUUAGAAGCUGAAUCUGCAUGCAAUGGAAAACUAGAACAGCACACAGAAAGGCGAGGUGUCAUCUACAGCCCUUCUUGGCCAAUCAAUUAUCCAUCUGGUGUGAACUGCAGCUGGUAUAUCCAAGGAGAUCAUGGGGACAUCAUAACUAUUAGCUUCAAGAAUUUUGAUAUCGAAGAGUCUCAUAAGUGCACCCUUGACUGGCUCAUGAUUGGUCCUUCCCCUAAACGAGAAGAGUACAAAGUAUGUGGUUCAUCAAUUCCACCGUCAUUUAUCUCUGCAAGGGAUCACGUGUGGAUAUUUUUUCAUUCUGAUGCAGCAAGCGCAGGACAAGCUCAGGGAUUUCGACUGUCCUACAUCAGAGGAAAACUUGGACAGAGCAGCUGCCAGCCUGCUGAAUUCCUUUGUGGAAAUGGCAAGUGUAUUUUAAUGGCAUGGAAAUGCAAUAAACUGGAUGAGUGUGGUGACAGCUCUGAUGAAAAAAAUUGCACUGUGCCACCAACCGAGCCAGUGACCAGCAUCUGCCCAUCAGGAACAUUUCAGUGUAAUGUGGCACAUUCUACCCACUGCCUGACAAACGAGCUAAGGUGUAACUCAGUAAAGGAUUGCAGUGAUGGCUCAGAUGAAGAUAACUGCCCUGAACUUUCUUGUGGAAAAAGACUUGGAAAUUUUUAUGGGUCUUUUGCAUCUCCGGACUUUUUUCGACCUGAUCACAGUGGUGCUGGUCUGCACUGUACCUGGUUUGUUGAUACUCAGGAUAAUCGACAUGUAAUCUUACAGAUGGAUUUACAGUUAGGGUAUAAUGACUACAUUCACAUCUAUGAUGGCAUAGGAGAGCGAAGUGACAAGCUGCUGCAAACAAUUUCUUACCAUAACAAUAGGCAUUCCGUUAACCUUGAGUCGUCAAAGGGACAGCUGACAGUAUCAUAUCAUGUAAAAUCCAAGAGCACAGGUCACGGAUUCAAUGCAACAUACCAAGUUAAAGGCUACUGUCUUCCAUGGGAACAUCCAUGUGGAAGUGAUGAGGGCUGUUACACUGAUAAGCAGCAUUGUGAUGGUUGGUGGCAUUGCCCUAAUGGAAAAGAUGAAGAAAAUUGCCCAGCAUGCCAGAAAGAUGAACAUCCUUGUGAGGGAAACAGUGGGUUAUGUUAUUCUGUGCUUGAUCGUUGCAAUAACCAGAAAAACUGUCCUGACGGUUCAGAUGAAAAAAACUGUUUUACAUGCCAGCCUGGUAACUUCCACUGUGGUACAAAUCUUUGUAUUUUUGAGACAUGGCGGUGUGAUGGCCAGGAAGAUUGCCAAGAUGGAAGCGAUGAACAGGACUGCCUUGUUAUUGUGCCAAGAAAAGUUAUCACUGCUGCUUUAAUUGGAAGCUUGAUAUGUGGCCUGCUGCUGGUAAUCGCCCUGGGCUGUGCAUUCAAACUUUAUUCACUGCGGACUAGAGAAUACAGAGCAUUUGAAACACAGAUGACUCGUCUUGAAGCUGAGUUUGUAAGACGUGAAGCUCCACCCUCUUAUGGACAGUUAAUUGCUCAGGGACUUAUACCUCCAGUUGAAGACUUCCCAGUUUAUAAUGCAUCACAGGUGUCAGUGUUACAAAAUAUCAGAACGGCCAUGAGGCGGCAAAUGAGGCGGCACUCUUCCAGACGUACCUCAAGGCAGUUUGGCAGGAUAUGGAGCAGACUGUUUCACAGACCAAGAGUUCGGGGGCAAAUCCCACUACUUACACCACCCAAUGAAUCUCAUCCUUCUCUGGUUGUGAGAGUUCAGCCUAGUGAAAUAAUUGACACAGUCCCUGGAUCUUCAGCUAUAUGUGAAAGACACAGAUCUGAGACUGAUAUAGGAACACAUUGUAAUGUAGAAGAACAUCAGGAAUUCAGUAACAAUUCAUUGCAGUCAGAAUUUGCAGGUGCUGAGAUACAUUCUUCAAGUGUUUUAUUAUCUACUUCAUGUACAGACAUCCAAAUGGAACCAGAUAUUUUACAAAUUUCUCCUAUCUCUGCUACAGAACAGAGCUCCUGCAAUGAAAUGUGUGCAAUUUCUGAACCUAUAUCUCAAGAUCCAUUCAGAGAUCCAUUACUAGAAUGUGUUCCAGACACUUUACUUCCCAGUGUAACCAGAAACUGUACAUCAAUGACAAGCAUUUCAGGGACCACAUAUAUAAAAAACAGACAUAAAGCUGAGAAAGCACAGCACAGAUCGCUUCUAAACCACAAAGACAUGGUAUCAUUUUGCUCAGAACAGUCUUCAGACAGUCUCAGAAAUACAGACCAUGAACGUUAUAAUUGCACAUGCUCUUUUGAGGAAGAAGCCCUCAGUGUUCAAGCUACUUGCUUGAGAUGUCAUUCUUUGGAAGUGCCAAUACAAGAACCAUCUACUCUGCUCUAAGAAAGCCAUAGUAGGGAUGACGUUUCAUUGUUUGCUAAGAAACUUUUUUUCAUGUGAAGUGUAAUGCCAAAUUUCGUAACUUCAAAUGUUGCCAUGUUUUAGUCUUUUAAAUACUAUAUAUGCAUUUUUGUAUCCACUUUUCCACAUAGCAAAAUGAAUGUAAAGUACAAUGAUUAGACACAGCAUUAUGAUGUACAAAGACACAGUAUGUUUUUCUUGGUUCAUUUCUUGUUUUUAUUGGUUUACAGUCAGUUGAUUGGAUCACCUGAACUUGUAUAAUAGUUGCUCAGGCAUGACAUAUUAACAGUAACUUGACAUACAUAUGAGCGAAAUGCUGUUGCUUGCAUGUAUACAUGUAGCACAUGCAGUGAUGUUAGCCCCCCCCGAGGAAAGAAUGAUAUAGGUUUUACACUGCCUGUCACUGGCUGUUUUUUCUCCAAGGUGUAGUGAAUAUUGAGUGAGAGUAAAAAAGUAAUAGGGGAUGUAGGGGCACUUUCCCCCUAUAAAACCCACACACACACACACAUACACACACACA